UGGUGGUGUAGGCUCUAACGUCUGUUGCCAUAGCAGUGACAAUCGGCUGUUGUAGGUUCGGAUCUCGGCCCCAACAUACGGCUUGCCACUCUCUGAAUGUGACUCCUGUUCCCAGGGUAGUCGUCGGGGAUUUGCUUCUAAAUAUUCCGGUUCCCUCUGACUGGCCGCUGACGAGUGACCGACAGGAUGCAAGUGCAGAUGAGCACGUGAAGCUGUGACAGCAACAGCUGAUGGUGUCAGGACGAGUAUCUGGCAGUGCAAGACACUUACCGAUACGUCAGCCGGCGAUAAUCGGUGUCAGUGUUUGACACGUGACACUCCGCUAGGCUGCACGUGCGAGCAUCGCGACUCUGAUAUCAGCGCCACCUUGCCGCUGUUCUGACUGGCCACUCUCCUCACUCUCAUCUCAUUACGAUGCCGCUAGCCUCUGACAUGAGCUAAUGCUGCCUGUGUGCCGCUAAUAAAUACAGAGAGCAAAGCAGAAAGUACAGACAGGUGAGGCGAGGCGCGCACCUACACCACAGCAGCAACCGUCCCUCAAGGGGGCGGCGGGAAAGAGAAUGCUGAGGCGUAUACAACCCACGGCAGUUGAACGUCGACAGGUGUGAUAUUGUCGUCCUGUAGCACGCGGCUCGUAGAUACCUGUAGACGCCCUGUAGUGUGGUGGUUAAGACAUUUGCUUGUCACCACUGUAGAAAGAGGCCCUGGGUUCAAAUCUCGUCUCGGGGCACUUUCUGUCAGUGGCACCUGUUGGCAGGUCCGGUCGUCGAGGGUUUUUUUCUCCGGAAUAAUGUCUCGCAGGUCGUCGGACGCCUCGGCGGCGCCAGACAAGUCAGAUAGGGUCGAGGUCCCGCCGUCUGCACGUCUCUCGAUCUCCUCUUCCUCUUCUUCUUCGUGCUCAUCGUCCUCUUCUAAGUCUUCGGUCGUCAUCUCCGAGGAAGGGGUUCGCCUGCAAAAGCACUUGGGGCUGACCAAUGGAGUUGGCAUCAUCGUUGGCAUCAUAGUUGGUAGCGGCAUCUUCGUGUCACCCAAGGGAGUGCUGCUGGAGACUGGCUCAGUGGGCAGCUCUCUGAUUGUGUGGGCACUGUGCGGCACCGUGUGUCUCGUGGGCGCCAUGUGCUACGCAGAGCUGGGCACAGCCAUACUGAAGAGCGGGGCGGAUUAUGCGUACAUCGGCGAGUCGUACGGCGACUUUCCUGCCUUCCUGUACCUGUGGGUGGCCGUGGUGGUGGUGCUGCCGACCGGAAACGCCAUCACGUCGCUAACGUUCGCCAACUACGUGCUGCAGGCCGUGACCCCCCGCGAUUGUCCGCCGCCCCCCGCCGCCGUCACGCUGGUGGCUGCCAUGUGCAUCACCCUGCUGACCUUUAUCAACUGCACCAAUGUGAAAUGGGCAACUCGAGUUCAGGAUACUUUCACCUUUACCAAAAUUUUUGCCUUGGCUAUCAUUGUCAUCACAGGUUUAGUCAAACUUGGCAUGGGCUCCACAGAAAGCUUUGAAAAUCCCUUUGAAGGCUCUACUACAGAUCCAGGGCACUUUGCUCUAGCCUUUUACUCAGGACUGUUUUCUUACUCAGGAUGGAACUAUUUGAAUUUUGUGACAGAAGAAUUAAAAGACCCAUACAAAAAUUUGCCACGUGCCAUCAUGAUCUCUUUACCAAUGGUGACUGUAAUUUACCUGCUGACUAAUGUAGCAUACUUCGCUGUUCUGUCUCCAGCAGAAAUGUUGGCAUCUGAUGCUGUGGCUGUGACUUUUGCAGAUCGUACUUUAGGAGUGAUGUCGUGGAUCAUGCCAGUAUUUGUUGCCUGUUCAACUUUUGGAGGCUUGAAUGGAGCGAUCUUUACAUCCUCUCGCUUAUUCUUCGUUGGGGCUCGCCAUGGGCAUCUGCCUGGUUUCCUAGCAACAAUAAACAUAAAACAGUUGACACCUUUUCCAUCUCUGUUAUUUGGGUGUGUUACAUCACUCAUCAUGCUGUCUUCUAGUGACAUCUAUGCGCUCAUAAACUAUGCCAGCUUUGUUGAAGCACUUUUUAUUGGCAUGUCCAUUGGUGGCCUUCUCCUCCUGCGUGUGACACGUCCAGAUAUGAAAAGACCCAUCAAAGUCAACAUUGUGUACCCAAUAUUCUACUUGAUUGUGUGCAUCUUCUUGGUGAUCACACCACUUACUUCAAGCCCAUGGGAGUGUCUGAUGGGGCUGAUUGUCAUUGCUUCAGGCAUACCCUUUUAUUUUCUGGGAGUUCUGUGGAAAAAGAAGCCUCGGGGUUUCAUGAUUAUCCUCAAAAAAAUUACCAUUCUGUCACAAAAGCUGUUUUAUGCUUCACCAGAAGAACUGAAAGAAGAAUGAACACUUUCAAUGGAUUGCUCAGUAAAUGCUUUUUCUUCGUAUGUUAAACAAGACAGCUGAAAAACAGCUUCUCUCUGGAAAGAGAAGCUUCUAGGAUGUGCCCAUUGCACAAUUGUCACAAAAUUUCUUUGUAGAGUGCAUGGGCUGAAGAUCAGCAUCAGCACACACAAUAUAACCUGAACUGUGGCAGGAAAAAUACCCGGUAGUUUUGGUUCCCAUAUCCUAGCAUGUUUUGAGUCAAUAACAAGUGAACAUGUCUUUGGUCAACAGUGUUUACUACUUGAAAGCAUUACAGCAGUGUUGCAAAGCAGACUUGGCUAAAAACUGUCUAAAUUUUGAACCUGUGCACAUAAUUCUUGUGAAUAUAUUGUUAUUAAGAAGAAGUGCAUGUUCUUCAGCACAUGGAAAUGUUACUUAAUGAGCAUGUGGUUUGUUAGAAAUUAAGGACAGCAGCCAUAAUGACUGAUAGAAGUUGCCUUAUGCAUUUAUUUUCAUCGCUAAGCAGGGAAAUUCUAGGUUAUAUGAUUUAAAUGGUUUGGUAGAGCUGCAGCAACAGGGCAGUUAAGGGUGAAGAAGGGUUGUUUGGAAAUGAAGUAACUAAUGCUAUCUUUAUAAAAUUUUCCCAACACACAGGUUCUAUUAACAUUAGCAUUUAAGCAGUUGAAAGUAAUUUUUUUCUUUUCUUAAUAUAAAUCCUCUAAUUAAUCUUUUUCUUGACACUAAGAGCCUGUAGGUUGUGGCCACAAUAAACAUGAUCUUAGACUGUCAUUAGGCCAUAAAAGCUUCUAGCAGACUGAUGCCUUUGGAUGGUAAUGAUAUUAUGUACACAGAUUGUUUCCAUGAUAUUGCUGAGAAAUUGUAUUUGUCCACUUCUUAGUUCUUCCUACAUAGAUAGUUGCAGGGUUAGGGUUAGUUGCAAGUUCUUUGGAUAAAUAAAUGUUGUCUGGUUAUAUAAUUUUUGUACUGCAAUUGAAAAGUAACAAUUAACCUAAACUUUUUUAUAUUUUAUUUGUAGAAUUUGGAUAGACCACGAAUUAAUAUCCCUGGACUGCUGGCAGACGAUUUUUUCCAGUUAACUGCUAAAACGAGGCAUUAGACGAUAUAUCUUCUGGUUUAUUCACAUUCUUUGUUACGGCUUGCCGAGACUAACAGCGGAUCACUUAGCAAGAGGCCAAGAGUGAGUCUCGGCAUAUAGACAUCAGUCCAUAAAUACACGUCCAUGGAUAGAUAGAAGAAGUUUUUCUUGAUCCUCAACUUUUUAAGGACUUUUGUUUCGAUUGCUAUCACGGCAUUCCAUGGCAUUAUUGUAUAUUGUGAUAAUGUGAUAUAUGUCUUGGUUUUAGCCAAAACAAGCAGCGCAUAUGAUCCAGCAUUUACCCAGUAAUAUUAGUAUCAAUUUGUUACCCCGUUUUCAUUGGUACAAGCAUAAUUUUCCAUUUUAUUAAUCUGUGGUUGUGCUAUGUCCCAUAUUCAUACUAUAUUCACUGUCUCAUCAUUUCACACUCUUUACUACCCUCAGUCCCUUAUUUAAUAUGGUGCGGUAUUCUAGUGUUUGGUGCUUUUAUGAUCUCUUUGCUUUAGCUAGAGAACAUCCAUAUCAUCUUUCGCUUGGUUGUUUUGUAAUUUGUGCCACUCAGGCAGCAGGAAGAUUUGCAGCUUUUACCAGCUGAUAGGAAAUUACGCAAAUUUACAGGAUAUCAGUCACAUCUUCAACUUUUUUUUAAAAGGAACAUAAAUAUGCUGGCCAUUCUGUCCUUGUUUAUGUAAAUGUCUGAACAACAGUCUUGACUUAUUAAUGUGGAAAUUUUAAAUCUUGCCAUUGACAUCAACUAUACAAUUCAGUUAUAUUUUCCAAUAUCCUAAUAGGGAUGGUGCUUUACUGCUUGGUUAGAAGUCUGCUUCAAACUUUUUAGCCUUUUCUUAACUGGAAUUUUUUUUUUUGUUUUGUUUUUUUGGGGGGGGGGGGGUUAUUGUGCAGAAGAUUUUGUGAUGUGUUCAUAUAAAUUUUAUUGCUAACUGUAAUUCUCAUAAGUGAUGUUUUUUUUUAAGUAAAUGAUGAUUUAAAAGGUGUUUCUAGCUACUAAUGUAGCAUGUAGUCCCUUAUUUAUCCUCUUCAAUGGGCGACUGUAUGUAAACCACAAUUUUUGACAUUUUGUAAAGUUUUAGCCAUAAAAGCUGAAACUAAUGACAUUAUCUGGUUGACCAGCAGAAUACAUAAUGGCUACAAGCAAAAAUAGUAUCAAUUUCAACUAAGUAAUGUGUACAGUGUUCAGUUUCUCCCUUAUUUUCUUUCAUUCCCAGUAAAUAAUAUUGUACAGAGAUUUUCUGUGUAUUUUUUUCAUAGCAAACAAUUUUUGAACAGAAGAUUGAAACUUAUGAAACUUUGUAAAGAUCUUGUAUUAGAAAGCACACUUCUUUGUGUCGAUGAUUCUACAUUGUUGCAUAAAAGCUCAUUUGUACCUCAUUGUACAGGCCCAUCACAUGGGAAAUACACAGAAGUGUAAAAUUAUAUGGGCCUUGCAUGCAGCAAUUACAAACAUAUCUGGACUGUAUUGUCUAGAUGUUUGUUGUGAUACUUGCAAAUGGAUAGAAUCAGUUCUAUAAAUAUUUGGCAUUUAUCAUGCACCUCUUCACUCAUGCUUUAUGGGAGCAUUGAAUUGACAGCAUUAUUCAGUAUGUGUAUCUUUGCGUUACAUUGUUUCCACAUGACACAUUCCAUUCCUUUUUCUGAAAUCAAUUUCUUUACUAGUAUAAGCCACUGGCUUUCUUCUUCCUUGUUGCCUUUUUUCUUUAUGGAAGGAUAUGCAGAAGCAUUUUUGGUACACAUUACUUCUGGCACAUCAUAAGCCUUCUUCACGAUUAAUGAUCAUAGAGAAACCUUACAAUAUUAUCACCAACUCUUCCCAUCUUUCUGUAUUUUGCUAAAUGACAGACCAUUGCACUUCAUGAUAUAAGUAUUGGAAUUUUACUAUAACGGAAUUUUACUUAUAAAGAUAAGUUCCUUUGCAUUUAAUAAUAAUGAAUUAACUUAUACAGUACAUUUCCCUGCUUUGCAGAAAACUAAUAUUUUUACUAGAUUUAACAUUCCCACAGUUACUCUUAGGCCCAUGUACAAAAUAAACUGUUAAGAAUUUUCACAUUUUGGUAGUUCCUGUUAAUUAUUGCAUGAGCGAGAGAGUAACUAUAUAUAAAAGAUUGUUAAAAUGUGAAGUCCUGUUUAGCUGGAUCAUGCAACUUUUGCUGUCUGCCCAGUUCAUAGUGCUAACAUUUAAGAUUAAUUUCAUGAAUCGUUUUAACACUUAAGUGCCCAACAUCCCUCAUCUACUGCUUCAUUUGCUGCAGAUAUUUGUACGCAAACUAGAGCUGGUUUUUAUAUUGACGUGCAGUUUUCUCAUGAACAAGUGUAUUGUCAUUAAUGUGCUGGUGCCAAAAGGAAAUUAUUUCUUGUUAGAGAUUGCACAGAAAAAAAAACCCCACAUCAAUUAUCUUUGGAAAUAACAGCACAUUGUGUCAGAGGGUCAACCAGUGAUGUCUAGUUUUUAAUCAAUGUAUAGUUCAAUAUACUUUAUUUAUUUUAGUAUGCAACAUUUUGCCAUGACUCUUCUACAUGAUGGGGCCUUGUCAUGACAGGGUGGUCUACUGGCGAGGGUUGGCCGUUCUGGGUUCAGCUCUUGUCUCUGGCAUGCUGUUCUUUCUCCACAUGUGGCAUCUAUUUACAGGAUUUGCAGCUUUGCCACGAUAUAGCCUUAGUUGCUGGCUCAGUGUUAAACCCAUCUCCCUUUUGUCAUGACAGGAAAUUGCACAUUUUUUUCUUCUCAGUUAUUUUUACAAACAGUUUAUUUGACAAACUGUAAACUAUUAUUCUUUAACUGACAGCUUCCACAUUUUGUACAGGAACAGAUCCAAGUGCCAAGAGGCUUGUAGGAACAUUUAUGUAUUACUGCUUUCUUUUUAUUUUAUACUUGUAGGCUUCAGAUUUGGCUAACUAAUCAGAAAAUUAUGCUGUGUUUAUGUGAUUGCACAUCUUUCAAUGACUUGAUUCUGCUUUUAAAACCUUCCUUUCUAAUCAUAAUACAUUUGUGGAUUUUUUUUUUAAUUCUCCCCAAACCCCCUUUCCAAAAAAUUUAAAAAACUUAAAAGGCAUAAUUUAAGGGGGCAAUAUUUUGCAUGAUGCAUUUUUGAACAUAACCAACCUCUCAACUUCAGAAGACAGUUAUGCCCAGAAUAUAUCCACCAAUAAAUUGUUUUAUCCAG